CCCAGUGGUAGGAGUGUCUAUCACUAUUUGUAAACUGUUUCAGGAAGUAACAUCAACUCGUCUGAAGAUUUGUGUCUUUUUGGCAUCUCUAGAAUGAUCUUCGGAAAUCCCCCAAACUUCUGCCGUGACCAUGCCCAUGUAUCUACUUCUUCUGUUUAGAAAACUGCGACAUAGUUUUCAUUUCACAAAUGUUCCGAUUUUUUGAAAGAAACUUUUUCAAAUUGGCUGAAUUGAACUGCAGUUAUUCGUUGAGAUGUCGGAUUCAUCUGACCGGUCUUUAAACUUACAUUUUCUGAAAGAACCUGUCUUGAGGAAACUGUGUGAGGUUCUGGAUAAAACCAACAGUAAAGGAUGGCGUAAACUCGGGGAGAUGGUCGGCAAUGACCGGCGUUUUAGAGUGAGGUAAGCCUAAUUAAGCAGUCGGACAGCCAGUCUGACGGUCACGCCGAGACCCCUAGAGGGCGUAGUUCUUCCUGAUGCCGUAUUACCUAACGACCUAAAAUGAAUAAUAGCGCCAUUUUGCAGCCGGUUGGGCUAGUCUGAAUGGUUACUCUUUAAACAUGUUAGUUUACUUGUUUGAUUUUACAGUAGAAAUAUUAUCCCAAUCCUCAACAUACUGUAGUACACCUCCCACUUUUAUAUUUUACAACACAAUAAUACAUGUUAUCAGUAUUCCUGUGCAUUUUUCAUUUCCUAAGUGUGAACUAACUUGUGAGCUAUGUGCCUCCUCUGCUGUUCAUAUCAUUUUCUUAUUAAAUAGUCUCUUAGACAGUAUGUGUAUGCAUUACUGUGUGGAUAAAUGAUGCCUUUUCCUCCACUGUGCAGUCCAGAUGAGAUGGAGAUGUGCUCUCUGAAAGUGUUGGAGCUGGAGGGCAGCCCCAGCCACAUGCUGCUCAGGCUCAUGGGAGACAGAGGGUGCACCCUGGGCCAUCUGGUAGACUUACUACAAACCAUGGGCCAGACAGAGGCCCUACAGUGUGUCAAACCACCAGGUAUACAGAGCAUCUUUAGAAGAUGUGUUCUCUGACUAUUAUCUGGUUGUUACCUGGAGGGAAGGCUCAUGAUUAUAAAUGGUUUUGGUGACAGGUUAAUCUCGACUCUUGAUUUUCGUGCCUGUAUGUAAAUGUAUUGAUUAUUUAUUGUACAUAUAUUUUAAUAAUUAUUGAGAAUGUAUUGAUUUAUAGAGAUUCUAAUAUUUCUUAUGCAGAUUGUACAGACCUAACAGUGCUGAGCUCCCUUCUUCCCAUAAUGGUUGUGUUUAGGUAUCCAGAUCCUCAUUCAGCCCCAGUCUGUGGCUAUAAUAGUGGGACACAACCUGCGACUCAGCUGUUAUGCUGUGGGAAAGGCUGGUGUUAAGUACCAGUGGUUCAAAACCAAGGAGGAGGUGGGUAGCCGACUAGGGUAUGUUUUGAAGGUAGACCGUACUGUUUAUGCAUUGGUUAUAAACAUGUUAUUAAACAUGUUUUCAGAUAAUCAUAUUGCUGAUAUCUUGACCAGAUGACAUUGUGACAGCUGUGGCUUCAUAAUGAUUUUUCAUGUAUUAUGAAUUGAUUUGACACAUCUUCUUUGUGAUUUCUCUAGGUACCCAACAGUUCUUCUCCAGACCUGGUGGUUAGCCCAGUCCAACUGACAGACGCAGGUUUCUACAUCUGCAGGGUUAAUUGUGGAGACUCCUUUGAGUUCAGCCAGUGGGUUCAGGUGGAUGUCCUGAAUGUUGCCACAUCUUAUGGUGAGCCACUAUCUUGUACCUCCCAAUCAGUUCAUGGACAACAUUGUUAUUGUAUCUUUCUUCUGCCUGGGAUAUAAUUUAUUUAAAAAAUAAUAUCGGUUUCCAUUUUAAUAAGGCUAACAUUGUCGGUUCCUCCUUUCUGUGAAAGACAGACAAAACAGGGGUGAAUUUGCUGAAUGCUUUGUAGCAAUUACAUCGUCUUUUAUCCCUCCAAAGCUUUUGCUAAACUCGCCCCCAGAGCAACUGCACAUUGAAAAUACUUGUAUGUUUUGCAUGCAGGGUUGGGGUCCCACUCGUUGGAGGGCAGGCUGAAGGUGGUGAUCCAGCCCCAGGGCCAGAGACUGCUGGUGGGGGAUGCUCUGCAGCUGGAGUGUGGGGCGGUAGGGAGGCCAAUCCCCCGCUACCAGUGGCACAGGAACGGGGUGCCCCUUCCCUUUCCAGAGGCCUCCAAGAGGAGACUCACGGUAAGGAGGACAGAGGAGGAUGCUAACAUCCUUGAGCGCUUAUAUAGAAAGUUACACUUUUAUACUGUUAUAGGUACACUGUUACAGUAUCUUUUGUAGCUACAGUACAGUAACUAUACAAUAAUGUUAGAUGUUGUACAAAUCGGAUGAAAACAGUUAGUUAGUAUAGUUUUUUUCAAAUAGCUUGAGAUUGUUCGUUAAUUCAAACAGAUUCCGUAUCUGCUGCUGGAACAUCAGGGAAAGUAUCGCUGUGAGAUUUGCAUUAACAACGAGAGGACGUGGACGAAUGAAGUAGACGUUCUAGUGGGUAUGUCACUGUCCUUUAUUUUACAGCACUAUAAUGAUGAUAUUGAUCCUAAACAAAAUAUCUGUUUAUCAGUAUACAAUAUGAGCAAAAACUACUCGCAUUGAAUUUGGUGACAGUUCUUGAUGAUUACUUACUCUUGUUCUUGAAUGAAAGGACCAAGGAUAUCUGUCCCAUUUUCAGGGGCAAUGGAGUGUUCUGAAGGUAUAGUUAAAAUGCCUGGUUUCUCUUAGUUUGGCCACCUGGGAUGUACAGUAUGUGCAUGAAUAGAACAGGGCCAUGUUGCAAACAAUGGGAUGGCAAAAUGAAUCUGUUUUUAUAGGAACUCGUUUUCAGAGAAUGAGGGUUUGGUUCCAGGUGUUGCAUGCAUUUUUUUCAUCCUUUGGAUUUUUGCCUGUUCUUAAUAUUAUAUUUUUGAGAGCACAACAUAAUCAUAACAAUCCCACAGAAAAUAUGUUAUCCUCUGAAAUUUGAAAAAUUGUCUUUACUGAUGCUCAAAAUCUCUACAUUUUAAAUUAUAUAAUCAUUCGCGUCUUUCAGUGAUUCAGCUUAGAUGUCCCUUAUUCAUUUCCAAUUAAUAUUUAUAAAUGUUCAAGACAGGACAUAUUUUCAGUGGGUACUCAUUUACUAAUUGCUAACAUUAGGCAUGUUGAUCCUUUUGGCCUCUGACUGACCCCACCUAAUCAGUGACACUUUUACUUUAAUUCAGUUUAAAUAAAAGCACAGGAAAUAUACAUUCCAGUAAUUGUUCUGAAAUUGUUUUCCCACAGAUGAUGUUUUUGCCUUUGGAGCAGGCAAGUGACACGCAUUGAAAGUAUAUUUGAGCUGAUCUAUCACUGUUUAUUGGACAUUGUUUCCAGCAAUUAUAAAUGUUUCUGCACAGUACAUAGAGCAGUUGAGAAUUUGUAUCAAUGUGCAAUAUCUGUAUUAUAUAAUGAUAGUAUUGUGAUUGUAGGUAUCAGUGAACUAAUCCUGAACAGCGAUCAAGAACCACCUUAUGGUAAGCAGAACAAAAAAUGUAUCCACCCAGUACCCGGUUAUCUUUAUUACUGCUAGAAUAUCAAAUGCCUCUUAACAUUUCUUCUGUACAAUUUUCUCUCCAUGUUGGUCAAUGUUGAUAUGUUUAAUUAUUCCACAAUUGAUUUGAACUCCUAGUCAUUGAUGGUAUUUGUCUCCCAUCACAGCGACAGAUAAAGUGGCCCUGCUGAUCGGGAACCUCUCGUACCAGAACCACCCCCAGCUCAAGGCGCCAAUGGUGGAUGUGUAUGAUCUCACCAACCUCCUGCGCCAGCUCAACUUCAAGGUAGUAUCGCUGCUGGACCUCACCGAGUCAGAGAUGCGCAACGCCGUGGACGAGUUUCUGCUCUUACUUCACAAGGGUGUCUAUGGUACACCAUUCAUUAUUAUGGCCUUUUAGAGUAUGAGAGACCGACCUAGAAUAAUUUGAUCCGUUCUUGUCAAGUUUCAGUCAAAUAUUAGUUUAUUUGAUCUGGUUUUCCAAAAAUAUAGUGAAUCAUAUAAUUUACAAAAAAAAACAAAAAAUAAAAAAUACUAGUUUUAAAAAGUGAAGUCUAUUUUCAGUCUUAUUUCAUUCACUGCUCUAUUUACUCUCUCAUUCAAUUCACUUCCAUAACCUUCUCCUAGGUUUGCUGUACUAUGCUGGACAUGGUUAUGAGAACUAUGGCAACAGCUUCAUGGUACCGGUGGAUGCUCCAAACCCGUACCGCUCAGCCAACUGCCUGUGUGUGCAGAGCAUCCUCAAACUGAUGCAGGAGAAGGAGACAGGCCUCAAUGUGUUCCUGCUGGAUAUGUGCAGGAAGAGGUGGGUAAAGACUAGUAUACUAUGAUAACCAUGAUGUUUGUUUUAUAUUAAUUUGUUUUUCACUACUAUUCAAUUUCCCUUCCCUGUUAGUAACAUGGGAUAUAAACCACUCACCAUUUCUUGUUUGUUGUAUUAUUCUUUAAUACUGUGACUAUUAAAUUGAUAUUUUUAGAAAUAUUCAUGAUGAUACCACCCCAAACAUACUAUUGAGGGUCACAGCUAACAUUGUCUUUGGAUAUGCAACGUAAGUAAUCUGAUGGUUACUCAAAAAUGUCUAAACUUCUAUUCGUAACUUUGUAUGAACAAAUUAAAUGAUAUAUUCCCCAAUGCUGUUCCAUUUUUCUCUUGUGCAGCUGCCAAGAUGCAGAAGCGUUUGAGCUGAGCUCUAGUGGAUUCACUAACGGUGUCUUUGUCAAGUUUCUAAAGAAACGUCUUCUGGAGGAUGAGAAGAUCACUGUGUUGCUGGACAGAGUGGCUGAGGGUAAGGAGCAAUGGACCAAUUAUGUAUUGGUGAAAUAAGAAUUUUGUAAAUGUCACCCCAUCUACAGUAUUUGUGGUUAUGGAGUAUAAGCCAAUGUAGCAUGAAAUAUACAGUAUUGAUCUAAUGCAGUACCAUGCAACGUAAGUAACAGGAGUACAGAAACAAAUCUAUCCUAUCUUGUAUACCUCCAUGCAUCGAUUAUCAUGGCAAUAAUACUUAGUCUAACAAAUGUAUUCUGCGAGAGCCUGAGGUAAUGUUAUUGUGGUUGUCAAGGCGUCAGUGUAAUGCGGUAGGCGAAGUCAGGCGCAGGACACAGAGCUAAUCAAAAGGCGUACUUUACUUGUAGGUAAAAUAAUGAACAACAACCUCCACGCAGGGAGGGAACAAACCCGCACACUAACGACAACCAAAACAUGAACAAACACGCACAACACACAGUGUGAGACAGAGGGUUAAAUAGGGAAGACAUAACUACAUGAUGGGAAACAGGUGUGACCAAUUAAGACAAAACAAGUCGAACAUAGAUACAUGGAUCGGUAGCAGCUAGUACUCCGGUGACGACGAACGCCGAAGCCUGCCUGAGCAAGGAGGAGGGGCAGCCUCGGCUGAAUCCGUGGCAGUACCCCCCCCUUGACGCGCAGCUCCAGCCAUGCGCCGACCCCGGCCUCAGGGGCGGCCAGGAGGACGCGGAGUAGGGCGGGUCGGAUGACUCUGGUGGAAAUCCCUCAACAUGGAGGGAUCGAGGAUGUCCCUCCUAGGGACCCAGCACCGUUCCUCCGGACCGUACCCCUCCCACUCCACGAGAUACUGCAGGCCCCCCACCCGACGCCUCGAAACGGACCGAGUACGCCGGAGCCCCCUCGAUGUCCAGUGGGGGCGGAGGAACCUCCCGUACCUCAGACUCCUGGAGUGGACCAGCUACUACCGGCCUGAGGAGAGACACAUGGAACAAGGGGUUAAUAUGGUAAUUAAUAGGAAGCUGUAACCUAUAACAAACCUCGUUCAAUCUCCUCAGGACUUUAAAUGGCCCCACAAACCGCCGACCCAGCUUCCAGCAGGGCAGGCGAAGGGGCAGGUUUCGGGUCGAGAGCCAGACCCGGUCCCCCGGUGCAUACACCGGGGCCUCACUGCGGUGGCGAUCGGCGCUCGCCUUUUGUCGCCUGAUUGCCCGCUGCAGGUGUACAUGAGCAGCGUUCCAGGUCUCGUCCGAGCGCCGAAACCACUCAUCCAUCGCAGGAGCCUCGAUCUGGCUCUGAGGCCAAGGUGCCAGGACCGGCUGAUAACCUAACACACACUGGAAAGGCGUAAGGUUAGUAGAGGAGUGGCGGAGUGAGUUUUGGGCUAUCUCUGCCCAGGGGAUAUAACCUGACCACUCCCCCUGCUGGUCCUGGCAAUAGGACCUCAGAAACCUACCCACAUCCUGAUUAACUCUCUCCACCUGCCCAUUACUCUCGGGGUGAAAACCUGAGGUAAGGCUAAUCGAGACCCCCAGACGUUCCAUGAACGCCCUCCAGACCCUUGAGGUGAACUGGGGACCCCGAUCCGACACAAUAUCCUCAAGUACCCCGUAGUGCCAGAAGACGUGUGUAAAUAGGGCCUCAGCAGUUUGUAGGGCUAUAGGGAGACCUGGCAUAGGAAUGAGACGGCAGGACUUAGAAAACCGAUCCACAACGACCAGGAUCGUGGUGUUCCCUUGUGAGGGGGGAAGGUCCGUGACAAAAUCUACCGAUAGGUGGGACCACGGCCGUUGUGGAACGGGUAGGGGUUGUAACUUCCCCCUGGGCAAGUGUCUAGGUGCCUUACACUGGGCGCACACCGAGCAGGAGGAAACAUAAACCCUCACGUCCUUGGCUAAAGUGGGCCACCAGUACUUCCCACUAAGACAGUGCACUGUCCGACCGAUGCCAGGAUGACCAGAGGAGGGUGACGUGUGAGCCCAAUAGAUCAAUCGAUCACGAACCUCGAGCGGCACGUACAUCCGACCCUCUGGACACUGGGGGGGGAGUGGGCUCGGUACAUUAUGCCCGCUCGAUGUCCGCGUCAACCUCCCACACUACUGGUGCCACCAGACACGACGCCGGAAGUAUGGGAGUGGGCUCAAUGGACCUCUCCUCUGUGUCAUACAGUCGGGACAGGGCGUCUGCCUUAGCGUUCUUACCUGGUCUGUAAGUGAGAGUAAACACAAAACGAGUGAAGAACAUGGCCCACCUUGCCUGACGAGGGUUCAGCCUCCUCGCCGUUCAGAGAGUACGACCCUGCCUUACACAGGAAGCGGCACAGGUCCUAAUCCAGGCACUUGUCAUCUCCCGUCUGGAUUACUGCAACUCGCUGUUGGCUGGGCUGCCUGUGCCAUUAAACCCCUACAACUCAUCCAGAAUGCCGCAGCCCGUCUGGUGUUCAACCUUCCCAAGUUCUCUCACGUCACCCCGCUCCUCCGCACACUCCACUGGCUUCCAGUUGAAGCUCGCAUCUGUUACAAGAUCAUGGUGCUUGCCUAUGGAGCUGUGAGGGGAACGGCACCUCUGUACCUUCAGGCUCUGAUCAGUCCCUACACCCAAACGAGGGCAUUGCGUUCAUCCACCUCUGGCCUGCUGGCUCCCCUUCCUCUGCGGAAGCAUAGUUCCCGCUCAGCCCAGUCAAAACUGUUCGCUGCUCUGGCACCCCAAUGGUGGAACAAGCUCCCUCACGACGCCAGGACAGCGGAGUCACUCACCACCUUCCGGAGACAUUUGAAACCCCACCUCUUUAAGGAAUACCUGGGAUAGGAUAAAGUAAUCCUUCUACCCCCCCCCCCCCCCCCCAAAAAAAAAUAAAAAAUAAUAAAAUAAAGAAAUAAAUAAUAAUAAAUACAUUGUAAAGUGGUUAUCCCACUGGCUAUAGGGUGAAUGCACCAAUUUGUAAGUCGCUCUGGAUAAGAGCGUCUGCUAAAUGACGUAAAUGUAAAUGUACUCCAGAUUACGGUGGUCAGUCAAAAUGAGAAAAGAGUGUUUAGCCCCCUCAAGCCAAUGCCUCCACCCUUUCAGAGUUUUAACCACAGCUAACAGCUCCCGGUCCCCCACAUCAUAGUUGCGCACUGCCGGACUGAGCUUCUUAGAAAAGAAAGCACAGGGGCAGAGUUUUGGUGGCGUACCCGAGCGCUGAGACAGUACAGCUCCAAUCCCAGCCUCGGACGCAUCCACCUCAACCUGGAAUGCCAAGGAAGGAUCCGGAUGAGCGAGCACCGGAGCCGAAGUAAACAGGUCCUUCAGAUGCCCAAAAGCCCUGUCCGCCUCAGCUGACCACUGUAGACGCACCAGUCCUCCCUUUAGCAAGGACGUAAUGGGAGCCGCUACCUGACCAAAGCCCCGGAUAAACCUCCGGUAGUAAUUGGCAAAACCCAAGAAUCGCUGCACCUCCUUCACCGUGGUUGGAGUCGGCCAAUUACGCACGGCCGAAAUGCGGUCAAUCUCCAUCUCCACACCUGACGCGGACAGGCGGUGUCCUAGGAAGGAGAUGGAUUCUUGGAAGAACAGAAAUUUUUCCGCCUUCACAUACAGGUCAUGCUCCAACAGUCGACCAAGCACCUGACGCACCAGGGACACAUGCUCGGCCCGUGUAGCGGAGUAUAUGAGAAUGUCAUCGAUAUACACCACUACACCCUGUACAUGCAGGUCCCUGAAGAUCUCAUCAACAAAAGAUUGGAAGACUGAAGGAGCAUUCAUCAAACCGUAUGGCAUGACGAGGUACUCAUAGUGCCCCGAGGUGGUACUAAAUGCAGUCUUCCACUCAUCUCCCUCCCGGAUACGCACCAGGUUGUACGCGCUCCUGAGAUCCAAUUUCGUGAAGAAGCGCGCCCCGUGCAAUGACUCCGUCAUGCUCGCAAUCAGAGGUAAUGGAUAGCUUUAUUUUACAGUGAUCUGAUUUAGACCACGGUAGUCAAUGCACGGGUGUAAGCCACCAUCCUUCUUCUUCACAAAAAAUAAACUCGAUGACACAGGAGAAGUGGACGGCCGAAUGUAUCCUUGUCUCAGAGAUUCGGUGACAUAUGUUUCCAUAGCCGCCGUCUCUUCCUGUGACAGAGGAUACACGUGACUCCGGGGAAGCGCAGCGCCUACCUAGAGGUUUAUCGCACAAUCCCCCUGUUGAUGGGGUGGUAAUUGAGUCGCCUUCUUUUUACAGAAGGCGAGAGCCAAAUCGGCAUAUUCAGGCGGAAUGUGCAUGGUGGGAACCUGGCUUGGACUUUCCACCGUAGUUGCCCCUACGGAAACACCUACACACCUCCCCGAGCACUGACUUGACCAUCCCUUGAGAGCCCUCUGUUGCCAUGAAAUAGUGGGGUCAUGAGAAGUUAACCAGGGAAGCCCCAAAACCACUGGAAACGCAGGAGAAUCAAUCAGAUAUAGACUAAUUAUUUCCUCAUGCCCCUCCUGCGUCUUCAUCCAGAGUGGCGCUGUGACCUCCCUAAUCAGACCUGACCCUAAAGGGCGACUAUCUAGGGCAUGUAUAGGGAAGGGCACAUCAACUGGCACAAUAGGAAUCCCUAACCUACGGGUAAACUGACGAUCAAUAAAGUUCCCAGCUGCGCCUGAAUCUACUAGCGCCUUAUGCUGGGAAUGAGAAGAAAACUCGGGAAAUACAACAUUUAUACACAUAUGUGCAACAGGGAGCUCUGGGUGAGUUGGGUGCCUACUCACCUGAAACGGUUCACCAGUGCGCUGCCUACUGCCUCGACUCCUUGAAGGCCCUCCCCAGCAUCGACCAGCAGUGUGUCCUCUGCGGCCACAGUUGGUGCAGGUGACAGCCCUUCUACCGGUCUCCCUCAUAGCAGCACCUCCGAGCUCCAUAGGGGUAGGUUCGGAGGUGCUGGGGGAUGGAAUGGACGGCCCCUGAUCCGGACGUCCGCGGGUGGCCAACAGGUUAUCCAGUCGGAUUGACAUAUCCACCAGUUGGUCCAGGUUUAGGUUGGUGUCCCUGCAGGCCAAUUCCCGACGAACGUCCUCCCUUAAGCUGCAACGGUAGUGGUCGAUGAGGGCCCUCUCAUUCCAUCCUGCGCUGGCAGCUAGAGUCCGAAAGUCCAGUGCAAAUUCCUGCGCGCUCCUCUUCCCCUGUCUGAGGUGGAAUAGACGCUCACCCGCCGCUCUCCCCUCUGGUGGAUGAUCGAAUACUGCCCUAAAGCGGCGGGUGAACACUACAUAGCUUACAGUUGCGGCGUCUAUUCCCCUCCACUCGGCGUUGGCCCACUCCAGCGCUUUACCGGACAGACAGGAGAUGAGGGCGGACACGCUCUCGUAUCCCGAGGGAGCCGGGUGGAUGGUUGCCAGGUAGAGCUCUAUCUGGAGCAGAAAACCCUGACACCCGGCAGCUGUACCAUCAUAAGCCCUCGGGAGCGAGAGCCGAAUCCCACUGGACCCAGAUGGUGAAGAGAUGGACAUUGGUGUAGGUGGUGGUGUAAUUGGAGGAGGUAUAGGGAUACCUCCUCUCUCCCAUCGCUCCAUAGUAUUAACUACUCGUUCCAUAGCGGUGCCGAGAGCCUGGAUCAUGGUCGCUUGUUGUUGGACGCGUUCCUCCAUCGAUCCGGCUGGCAUAGCUGUACCUGCUGACUCCAUAUUAUGGUGCAUGUUUCUGUCAAGGCGUCAGUGUAAUGCGGUAGGCGAAGUCAGGCGCAGGACACAGAGCUAAUCAAAAGGCGUACUUUACUUGUAGGUAAAAUAAUGAACAACAACCUCCACGCAGGGAGGGAACAAACCCGCACACUAACGACAACCAAAACAUGAACAAACACGCACAACACACAGUGUGAGACAGAGGGUUAAAUAGGGAAGACAUAACUACAUGAUGGGAAACAGGUGUGACCAAUUAAGACAAAACAAGUCGAACAUAAAUACAUGGAUUGGUAGCAGCUAGUUCUCCGGUGACGACGAACGCCGAAGCCUGCCCGAGCAAGGAGGAGGGGCAGCCUCGGCUGAAUCCGUGACAGUGGUGUUUGUGUUAUCCAGACAUGGGCCAGUUCGAUGCCACUAAGGGGAAGCAGGCUCUGGAGAUCCGCAGCAGCCUAUCAGAGAGGAGGGCUCUGACUGACCCUAUUCUGCCUGGUGACAGCUCUGACAUGGCCCUGGAUCACAACCGUCAGUGGGCCAAGGCUCAUGGUAAGGACACACCUCAGACACAAUCAAACAAUGAAAGUAAAUACAGUACAUUUAAAUUUGAAUUGUUUAGCUGAAGCUAUCAACGUACUUAGUGUGGACGUAACGUUGUGUUUUCACUCUAGAACUGCCUGAGAGUAUGUCUCUGGACUUUGACUGUGGGGCUCAGAUCAAGCUGGGCUUCGCUGCAGAGUUCUCCAAUGUGCUGGUCAUCUACACCCACAUCGUGAAGAAACCAGAGGACAUGUUCUUCUGCCAGGCUCACGUCACCAACUUCUCCCCGGUGAGACGCUACAGUCUUUCGCCCUGUUCAAUUAUGCAAACUUGUUCCUUCCUCAAGCUCCUGUCACCAAUUUCUUCCCUAUCCCCUACACCUUGUGUCCACAGAUCUGAAAAGACUGACAAGGUGUAACUAAUCCAUCCCAAGUUUUUCAGAUCAGUGAACACCAAAGGGAUAGGAGGAUAGGGAAAGGAAUUUAAGCUCAAUAUGCCACUGAUGUCAUUAUGGUUUUUCUCAGCUCUGUUCAAUAUCAAUGACAGCAAUAAUAUUGUCUUUUUGGGGUUUACUAGAGCUCCCAUGGAGAUGAAAGGCUUUGUCGUAGCCGGCCGCGACCGGGAGACCCAUGGGGCGGCGCACAAUUGGCCCAGCGUCGUCCAGGGUAGGGGAGGGAAUGGCCGGCAGGAAUGUAGCUCAGUUGGUAGAGCAUGGCGUUUGCAACGGCAGGAUUGUGGGUUAGAUUCCCACGGGGGGCCAGUAUGAAAAAAUAAAAAAUAAAAAGAAUGUAUGCACUCACUAACUGUAAGUCGCUCUGGAUAAGAGCAUCUGCUAAAUGACUAAAAUGUAAAAUGUAAAUGUAAAUGUUUACUGAAACAACAUUAGGAGCAUAGUAAAGAGUCUGUCUUUAUGCUGAAGAUGCUGAAGAUACACUACCUGCCUGAAAACUAUGCAUUUGCAUGUCAUCUUGUCCUAUAACAUUUCCUUUGUUCUGUCCAGGACCUUGACAUUGACCCCAAAGAGAUGAACAGGGAGACACCAGAGGAGACUGGCAUCUACCUGCUCUCCAGCAGUCUUCCCCAGCACUGCCUGUACACACGCCUCAGCUCUCUACAGAAGCUCAGGGUAGGUGUACAAAAGAUAAUCACCACUUUCUACAUUCUCACAUUACUAUGACUUUAUUCCUGUUCAUUGUGCUCUGUGUCCCCUCUGUAGGAGCAGCUGGUGUCAUGUUAGGGCAGUGCUCACCUUGGACAAGACAGUUUUGAUCUCCAUUGGAGCUCUAGUAUAAACAUAUUAGGUCAAUAAAAUGUUAUUCUACUCCUUGUCUCCUCUGUAGGAUCAGCUGGGGUUCACAGUUUGUCUACAGGGCUCUUUCAAGGCCGUGGAUGAGCUGGUGGACUGGACCACUGACGUCAACAUCGGCAAGCCCCUGAUCGCCAGACUAGACCUCCACCGCACCAUGAGGAGGAACAGCUGCCUGCAGACCUGCCCAAUGCCCCACAGUCCCUCACACAGCCCUUGCCAUAGCCCCGGAGCCGAGCACCUCCACCCACACAUCCACCACCCUCACCCCCAAGACCAUGGCCUUCUCUCCCCACACUGCUCCAGCCCUUACCUGGAUGUGUACGAGCCUCUACAGGGAGCUGUGGGAGGCUCAGGUUGUGUGAGCUCCACGCUGUAUGACAACUGUAGCUUCUCUCACUAUGGCUGUACUAGUAGUGACUCAGUGUUACUGAACUCCCCUGGCAGAGCCAGCAUUCCCAUAGAGACCACGGAUGACAUAAACGAGCUGCAGACAGUCUUCAUUAAUAGCCUGCAGUUUCACCACUAGUGAUAAGGCCCUCUCUAGGGCAUUGGUAGCCUGGUUCCAGAUCUGUUU